AUGCCUUUGCUUCAAGGCAUCGAGGUAACGAUUGUUACGCAGUCAGAGCUUGGGCAACUACCUGAGUACCCUCAUCCUGAUGGCUCUUCGUUUCAGUCGCGCCGCCUGCGCGACAAUAAACCAGAUGAUCAAUCCAAUUCUUGCGACGGCGAUUUCCAAAAUCGGGUCGCGGACGAUCCAGCUCACGCUUCAGGAACUGAUUCGACGGUCUCAGUAUACGUUCCAUCCCUUCCUGGCGCACAAUUCUGGAUCAAUUAUGUCGUCAAGACUCCCCCUUCCCCACCAGGCCACCUGUUCUUCAAGUUAUACAUGAAUGGAAGACAUAUCACAUCAUGGGGUAUCAACCCGAGUAUCAAGAGUCAUGGUCGCGCCGAGAAGGCGUUGUACGAGCCCAGCGACCGCUGGGACCAAGAAGAAGACGGUGUCGUGUUCAAGCAGGAAGGAAUCGAGGCCCGAUAUUUCUACUUUACGGGCAAUCAGCAGGAGCUGUCUGCGGCCGACAAUGGCGGGCUGAUCGAGGUCCAGGCUUUUCGGGCCAAAGGUCGAAAGAGGCGCGCCGCGAAACUGGACCAGUACCGCGUCCAAGACAAGUAUGGCAUCACUGCACCGAGCGGUGGCCUGCUCGAUAAUCCCCAGGACAUCACAUUCUUCGACUUCCACCUGAUCGAUCCCAAAGACGCACCUUUUGCGACAUUUCGGUUUCACUAUCGCUCGUGGGACAGCCUUAACCAGCUCUCCCUAGUUCCUGCCGACGACCCAAGCAUUCUCGAAUCAUCU